AUGCUUGCACUACUAGUUACGUGUAUAUUUUCUAUCUCAAAAUUCGUUGUAUCGUACGGAUACUCCGAACUUACAAUAACAGAGCAAUCACAACUCGUUCUUUCUACAGAUCUUUAUAGAGAUUCGAAAUAUUAUGCAUUUUUCAUCAACAAUGAGGACUUUCAAGACUUAAACAUGACAUAUGGAGCAAAUUAUUCAUUAUUCAGUCCUACGAUCAUUCCGAAAAAUGGACAAACUGUUUUAAAAUUUGUUAUCACAAAAUUAAAUGCUGACAGCAUCGAUUCACUAUCAAUUAUAUACAAUGGAGGAAAUUCUACAUAUAACUCUAUCCAAAGGACAAAACCAAAUCAAUUUGUUCUUUUCCUCAGUUCAACAGAAUUUAAUUAUCGAUUUGAAGUUGAAGGCUAUUCAAAAGUAGGUGAUUUUCAAAGUAGUCCAUACGAUGAAAUGGUUAGUUGCAGGCAGAAGUAUGAGAACGGUUAUAAAAAAUAUCUUCUGAUGAAUAUAUCUGGUUCAACAAAUAUUUUCUUCUCUGCAGAAAAAGUCGAUCCGAGUGUUGAAACUACUGGAUAUUAUAAGAUGGAUUCUUGUGCAUUAUCAUAUGAUGAUAAACAUCAAUUUUGGUAUUCAAAUACAAUUCAGAUUUAUUCGCCUGGUAGAUAUGAAUUUUUGAUUGGUGAAGAAGAAAUAUCAUUUUUUAUUGAUCCUUUUAAUUGUUGGAUAUUCCCAUAUCAAAGCAAUGGAAUUCGUAUUAAAUUAUGGGAUUCUUGGUAUGACUUUGAUUCAAUUCAAGAAGCUAGCAGAACUGGAGGAUUUAAGUCAAAUUCGGGUAAGAAUUUAGUUAGAUUUGAAAUUUUUGAUUAUGGAUCAGGUCAAACGAAACUUAUUGAUGCUAUUAUAAAUCCGAAAGAAAACAAUUAUUACAGAUUUUACAAAUAUUACAGCUCUAACCAUGAUUAUUGUUACGCAUUAAUUACUUCUUGGUAUCCAAUGAAUUUCUCUAUAUUUUGGAAUUAUUCAAAUUAUAAUUACGUCCCCAGAAUUUAUGAUUUUACUCAAUAUACUGGCAAGAAAUCAGAAUUUGUAGGAGUCACCAAAUUAUAUAUUUAUAUGGAUUCUAUGUCAUAUGAUGACUUUAAUUUUGUUAUCUACAAUUUUACAAGGAAUUCAAACGACAAUUAUUCUGAUUUUAGAAGCACUCUUUUACAUAAAAAUUAUGAUAAAAAACAAUAUAAUAAAUAUUAUGUAAAUGAGGUCGAACCAUGUGAAUUUAUACCUUAUGUAAUUGUGGACAAAAGGGAACAUACGGAGAUUGAAUUUGAUGCUGAUAAAUAUAAGAUUAUCAUCUUUGGAUUCUUUGUAUCUAAUUCACAAUUUGUGGUAAUUCCAAACGCAGAGGAAUUCAUUUUUGAAAAUGGUUCAAAGCCCGAAAGAAUUUAUAUGCAUCCAAGUUACGAUUUUAUAUUGAAAUUGAAGCCAGAAUCUGGAUCAAAAUCUCUGAAAAUCGAUCUUUAUUAUCUCACUGAGUAUGAGUAUGAUACAAUAAUGUGGAUUUCUAAUGAUUACGAUAUCAAGAUGAAAUUCCCGAUAUCAGAAAAGAAAAGUUUCAUUCUUUUUGAAUCAGCAGUUGAAUCAACCAUCACAUAUUUUGAUGAGGAUGGAGACGGAUUUAAUUUCACAGAGAAAACAGGAACUCUUUUCAUUUUUCAAGGAGAACAUACCGGUAUAUAUUCAUGGAAGAAUCUCACUGAAUUACCAGCAAAUACAAUCAAGAAAAAUGUGACAAUUCCCAAUAAGCCUUCAAUCUAUGAUAUAGGAAUUGAAAUAUUGAUGGAAGGUGAUUUUAAAGCAGUAAGAUACGAAAACGCCACAUUAAAGUAUUAUGCUAUGAUCACACGAGAUUACAGAUACUAUAUUUUUGCAUAUACAGAUCACUUUCAUCUUACAACCGCAAUGGAAGGACGCAUAUUUACUGUUAAUAAUACAAAAGGUCCAUGUGAUGUUGUAAUACUAGUUGAUGGAGUUCCAGGUGGACUGUUCAAUCCACAAAGAUAUGGUUCAGAUUUUAACAAUUUAAGAUCUGACAUUCCAGGAUAUUAUAUUGCAAGCAAAUGGCAUAAUUUCUCAAUUAUUUAUUCUUAUUAUCCAUUCUCAACGACAGUGAAACAUAAUGUGAGCGAGAUCAAAUUGAGACUUCAAACGAAUAACGGUCAAGAUCGAAAUGUCACUGUUCAAGAAGGCGAAACAUACUCAAUCGAAAGUAUCAAUCGCAUGAUCAUCUAUCAUCCAAAUGCCUAUGUUGAAUUCUCUCAAAUCAAAUUUGAUGAUCCAAAUGUUAAUUACAAGAAUUAUAGCUAUAGCAAAGAUGCCUUUAUGAGAGGGGGUACAUGGUUCAACAUUCCAUUCCGAACUCCACAACAAACGACUAUCGUUCCAGUCAGAACACCACAACAAACAACUAUUCCAAUUCAAAUGCCACAGCAAACGACAAUUGUUCCACCAAGAACACCAGAAACAUCAUCUAGCAAAUAG